AUGGCCCAGCGGAAGCUUCAGGCCGAUAUCGACCGUGUGCUGAAACUGGUCCAGCAAGGUGUCACACUCUUUGAGGAAACAUUCGAUAAAAUGACACAUGCGACCAAUCAGACAUCGAAGGACAAGGCCGAGGCUGAUCUCAAGACUUCGAUCAAGAAGCUACAGCGUCAGAGGGACCAGAUCAAAACUUGGCUGCAGAGUAACGAUAUCAAGGAUAAAUCGGCUCUCAUGGAACAUCGCAAGUUGAUCGAAACACAAAUGGAACGGUUCAAGGCUUGCGAAAAAGAGAUGAAAACGAAAGCAUUUAGCAAAGAAGGACUCAGUGCUCAGCAGAAACUGGAUCCUAAGGAAGUGGCCAAGAUGGAGAUGAGUCAUUGGGUUUCCACAAUGGUCGAUGAACUGGGCCAGCAGAUUGAGCGGACGGAGGCAGAAGUAGAACUAUUGCGUAGUCAGACCAAGAAGAAGAAACCUACCUCCGGCUCUGACGGUAGAUCAAGUGAACUCGAAGCUCUCAAUGACCGUCGAAGGUGGCACAUUGGAAAACUCGAGCUAAUCAUGCGAUUGCUUGAAAAUGGUCAGAUUUCGCCUGAGCGUGUCGGUGAAGUCAAGGAUGAUAUUCAAUACUACGUUGAAUCGAAUGUUGAGGAAGACUUCACCGAGGAUGACGACCUGUAUGAAUCGCUUAAUCUUCAAGAGGAGGAGGAACAUUAUGGCCUACAUGAUGACCUUCUUUCAUCACACGAUACAAGUUCAAUAAUCGAAGACAGCAAUCUCUCUGGUGAAAAAAGCCCCGUUAAAGAAAAAAUGUCGAUUUCAGGCGCUCAAAUCCUGCGAGGACCCAGUGUCCGGAAGCCGACGAUGGAAUCUGGCACAGUGAGACCAGCCAUCGUUUCUGGAAGAACUGGCGUUGUUACAGGGAUGGUGCUCCCUACCGGAUCUGCACCACGGACCACGCCUGCACCCCUCCCAUCCUUACGUUAUGCCAGUGCUGCCGCGGCUGCUGCUUCAUCUAAUGUUGCGAAUACUACAAGUGUUCCGUCUAGUGCCAAGAGUCCGGGUCCGAUACCCGCCGUCCCGCAACGCUCAAAUUCACUCUCGUUCAGCGGCACCGCCUCGGGAUCUUUGCCAGCUCAACCAUCAGCCGAAUCGCCCAAGAAGCAAUCUCAGCAAGCUCCGCACAGGCCUUUCGCUGCCGUUGCUUCCCCGGACGCCAAGGUUGCCGCGCUCCCUGCAUCCAGUGCUCCUCGAUCCAUGCUUUCUGGCUCGGAUCCUUCGAGUACGUCUCAGGAUCUAAUCUCUCAAUCGGCUGACGGGGGAAGCAGUUCCUCACUCGUGCAUAACCCAUCGGGUCAAUCGAAUCAAUCAGGGCAAUCAAGUCAAUCCGCCGCUGAACCGUCACCAAACCAGAACACCGAUCGAUCGCCGAGCCCCUCUAACUCACAGAAAUCACGCCAAUCUCCACCUCAAGCAGAUGGGGGCGCAAUGGAGAGUGUUCCUACUAGUGGGGAACAAAAGCCUGUGAGCGACCGACGAGGAUCGGAGACAGUGUCCGGAGAAGAAAGGCAAGAAGAAGGCAAACAGAGCAACCUCCAAGUCAACAACAAUGGUCGUGAAGUGGAAGGGGGGCAGACAAACAACCCUGCACAAGAGAACAAGAGUGUCUCCUCUCUGGCCGACUUGGUUGAAACUUACGAACACCUCAAGGCUCACACACCCAGCCUGGCCGAGAUGCAAAAAGUGAUCGAGACUGGAAUUUCUGGCUUGCCCCAGAUCCAGGAUGCCGAGAAGCCUUAUUACUAUGCCCCUCGCAACCCCUACCCUACCAGUUCUCAUUAUCCUCAGCAACCAAUGGCAUUCGAAAAACGUCCAGCUAUUUGGUCGGAAAUCGAGGUCGAGGUGUUAUUCUAUCUGUUCUACUAUCACCAAGGUGGUUAUUUACAAUACUUGGCUGCAAAGGAACUGAAGAAACGCGCUUGGAGAUUCCACAAGUACUAUCUCACGUGGUUCCAACGAGCCAAGAACCCGGAAGAAAUGGCAGACGAUUAUGAGAAAGGCUCUUACACUUAUUUUGACUGGGAGGCUGAUUGGCUGAUGCGGACUAAGACCCCGUUCCAAUUCGAUUACAAGCAUUUGGAAGACUCGCUGUAA